CGAGCGACUCCGGAAAGAGCCGAAGGUCGCCGAUCGGCUCUGGGCCGAGCGGCUCCGGAGCGGCCCGAAGGCGCCCGAGCGCCCGCCCGGCCGGACAGCUGGAGGCGGCCGCAGCGCCAUGUUUGAUGCUCCGCUACUCCAGUGAGGAAAAUCCGCCGGCAUCGCCCCCGAGCCGCCGCCGCGAACGGCUCCGCUGCCCCCGGCGAGGGCGACCGCGACCCCCCGCCGCCGCCGGCUCAUGAGCAGCGCGGCCUGAGCCGCCCCCCCUUCCCUCCCUCCCUCCCCUCCCUCCCUCCCUCCCCGCCGGCCCCUCUCCCGAGCCCUCCGGGAGGCGCGUUGUCACGGAGACCGGCGCCGGUGCCGGCCCGCCGCGCUGCCCCGGCUCUCCCCCGGCCCGCUCCGCGGCUCCCCCCGGCCCCGCUCCCCGCCGCGGGGUGGUGGCUGCGCUUGGCCAUGAGUUUACCGCAGAAGGCGGCUUUGAAACCCGGCGCGGCGGCGGCGGCGGGGACCGGCCCCGGGAGCGGGGCGGCGGCGGGGCCGCCUCCCCCCCCGGCUCCCCCUCACCCGGCGCCGGCGCCUCACCCCAACAUCAGGGCCUUGCCGCCACAGCCGCCCCAACAAAUCCCCCGAGGUCCUGUCCAGCAGCCCCUGGAGGAUCGGAUCUUCACUCCGACCGUCUCGGCUGUGUACAGCACUGUAACACAAGUAGCAAGACAACCGGGUCCUCCUGCCCCAUCCCCUUACACUGCACAUGAAAUAAAUAAGGGACACCCAAAUCUUGCUGCAACGCCACCGGGACAUGCAUCGUCCCCUGGGCUCUCACAGGCUCCUUAUCCCUCAGGACAGAAUGCAGCUCCCACCACGCUGGUGUACCCUCAAGCCCCUCAAACAAUGAACACUCAGCCUCAGACCCGCUCGCCGUUUGCAGCGGGGCCUCGACCUGCCCAUCACCAGGGAGGAUUCAGACCUAUACAGUUUUUUCAGAGGCCUCAGAUCCAGCCUCCAAGAGCCACCAUCCAGAACAGCAGCCCCUCCAUCCGUCCCGGAGCGCAGACCCCGACUGCCGUGUACCAAACCAACCAGCACAUCAUGAUGGUGAACCACCUGCCAAUGCCCUACCCGAUGCCUCAGGGCCCCCAGUACUGUAUCCCACAGUAUCGUCACAGUGGCCCCCCAUACGUCGGGCCACCACAGCAAUAUCCUGUGCAGCCACCAGGACCAGGACCCUUCUACCCAGGCCCAGGUCCUGGAGAAUUCCCCAAUGCCUAUGGAACGCCCUUCUACCCCAGCCAGCCCGUGUACCAGUCUGCACCCAUCAUUGUGCCUACGCAGCAGCAGCAGCCGCCGCCUGCCAAGAGAGAGAAGAAAACGAUCCGAAUCCGGGAUCCAAACCAGGGAGGCAAAGACAUAACAGAAGAAAUCAUGUCUGGAGGGGGCAGCAGGAACCCCACCCCCCCCAUCGUCAGACCCACCUCCACCCCGACUCCACCUCAGGUGCCCAGCCAGGUCCCUGAGCCCGUUCCCACAGCGUUGGGAGCCCUGGAGAGCUCCCACCCCUCCGGCAGCACCACAGCCCCCGCCUCCAAACAAGAAGAGAAGCCAAAACCAGAUCCAGUAUUAAAAGCACCUUCUCCAGUCCUCAGACCAGAACCUGCUGGGGAGAAGAAAGAUCAAGCUGGGCAGACGGCCGAGGUGCCCCCCUCAGUGGAAGCCCCAGCAGAAGUUCCUCGUGCUCCAUCACCGGCCCCGGCCGCUCCGGUCCCCGCUGUCCCCGCGGCCGCCGCCGCUGUCCCCGCGCCCAGCAGAGCCCAGCCCGCGGCCGAGCCGGAGGACAAAUGUGACAAAUGUGAACUGGCCUUCCCCAGAGAGGAGGCGAUGCCUUCCCCCAGUGCCACAGCCUGCGCGGAGCCAGCGGCCGCUCCUCCUGCGGCCGAGCCCGGGGCCGAGGCGUGCCCGGAGCCCGGCAGUGCAGUAGCAUCCCCCGGGGACGCCCCGGUGGCGCUGCCCCCGGCCGGACCCGCUGGCACCGGCGACACGGGCAGCGCCGAGCCCGCGGCAGAGGCGGCCCAGGAGGAAGCUGCAGCGGUGACUGUGGAGGUGGAGCCCAGCGAGGCCCCCCCAGCCGAGGUGGAGAGCGCUCCAUCACCUCCCGGUGCUCCUGUCGCUGCUCCCUCUCCUCCUCCCACCCCGCCCCCACCCCGCCGCCCCCCGUCCCCUCCGCUUCCCGUCGCUGCUGUCACCACUACAACUCCUUCUCCACCUCCUCUCCCGUCUCCGAGUGCCCUCCCUGUUGUCCAGGGAGAUUUAGAAGGAGAGGAGAGCACAAGAACUACUCUUAGCGAAGAGGUAAAAGAUACUGAAAAGAAGGAAGAGACAGAAGCAGAUGGGCAACUGGAGGAGAGCCAGGAGGCUCUGAGUGUGAACUCAAGCAAGAGUCCUGUCCCAGCCCAAACCGCUGUAACUGCACCAAAGACCUGGAAGAAACCAAAAGAGCGGACCCAAGGCACUGAGGAGGUGACAGAGGCAGAAACAGAGCCGAAGGAGGAGGAGGAGGAGCCUUCAGGGGACAAAGUACUUGAAUCCGACCAGGAGAAAACGAGCCUUGGGCUUGAGGCAGAGAGGGAACCCUCAGAGCUCAAAGCAGUGAAAGCUGUGGAGGAGAACGGGGAGCAGGAGGCAGAGCCGGUGCGGAACGGAGCCGAGAGCGUCUCGGAGGGCGAGGGCACCGACGGCGCCUCCGGCUGCACCGAGAGCUCCGGCGAGGGGCCCGUGUACCAGUACAAACCAGAGCAGUGGAAGCCCCUGGACCCAGAGGGGAAGAAGCAAUACGACCGAGAGUUCCUGCUGGAUAUCCAGUUCAUGCCUGCCUGCAUCCAGAAGCCCGAGGGGCUGCCUCCCAUCAGCGACGUGGUGCUCGACAAGGUGAGAGGAGAGCCCAUAAAACAGGUCAGUCAGCCCAAGCUGCCGCUGAGGACUCUGGACCCCCGGAUCCUGCCACGAGGCCCCGACUUCACGCCAGCCUUUGCUGAUUUUGGGAGGCAAGCCCCCGGGGGAAGAAACGUGUCUGGAAGUGCCUGCAAAGUGCAGAGCACCCCUGGAUUGCCCUCCCUGGCUCGGUGCGGGCCCCCAUCAUGCCCUCUCUUGGUCUCGCCUCACCCACCAUUGAGGAACCUGCCGAUAGGGUUGUUGAAUGUUGGACCGAGGAGAUCUCAGCCUGGCCAGAGGAGGGAGCCCAGGAAGAUCAUCACUGUGUGUGUGAAGGAGGAUGUGCACCUGAAGAAGGCAGAGAACGCCUGGAAGCCGAGCCUGAAGAGGGAAAACCAAACUGAGGACCCGGAAAAUGUCAAAACCCAGGAGCUGUUCCGCAAGGUACGAAGCAUCUUGAACAAGCUGACACCCCAGAUGUUCAACCAGCUGAUGAAGCAGGUGACAGACCUGACGGUGGACACGGAGGAGAGGCUGAAGGGAGUCAUUGACCUGGUGUUUGAGAAGGCCAUCGACGAGCCCAGCUUCUCCGUGGCCUACGCCAACAUGUGCCGCUGCCUGGUGACGCUGAAAGUGCCCAUGGCAGACAAACCUGGGAGCACAGUAAAUUUCCGUAAGUUGCUGUUAAAUCGCUGCCAGAAGGAAUUUGAAAAGGACAAGGCUGACGAUGAUGUCUUUGAAAAGAAGCAGAAAGAACUCGAAGCUGCCACCACUCCAGAGGAGAAGACACGGCUCCACGACGAGCUGGAGGAGGCCAAGGACAAAGCCCGGCGGAGAUCCAUCGGGAACAUCAAAUUCAUCGGCGAGCUCUUCAAGCUGAAGAUGCUGACAGAGGCCAUCAUGCACGACUGCGUGGUGAAGCUGCUGAAAAACCACGACGAGGAGUCCCUCGAGUGCCUUUGCCGCCUGCUCACGACCAUUGGCAAGGACCUGGACUUUGAGAAGGCAAAGCCCCGCAUGGACCAGUAUUUUAAUCAGAUGGAGAAGAUUGUGAAAGAGAGGAAAACCUCCUCAAGGAUUCGGUUCAUGCUUCAGGAUGUAAUAGACCUAAGGCUGUGCAACUGGGUGUCACGGAGAGCAGACCAGGGCCCCAAGACCAUCGAGCAGAUCCAUAAAGAAGCCAAAAUUGAAGAGCAGGAAGAACAGAGGAAGGUGCAACAACUCAUGACCAAAGACAAGAGGAGACCAGGUGUCCCGCGGGUCGACGAAGGCGGCUGGAACACUGUGCAGGGGGCAAAGAACAGCAGAGUGCUGGACCCCACCAAGUUCCUUAAAAUCACCAAGCCCACAAUAGAUGAGAAGAUUCAGCUCGUGCCUAAAGCCCAGUUGGGCAGCUGGGGGAAGGGCAGCAGUGGUGGAGCCAAGGCAAGCGAGAUGGACUCCUUGCGACCAAGUGCCACAAGUCUGAACAGAUUUUCUGCCCUGCAGCCUCCAGUGUCCCCAGUAUCUGCCUCAUCUGCAUCUUCAGAACUAGAAUCUCGCAGGGCCUUAACGAGUCGCGGGAGCACGGGCAGGGAGAAGAACGACAAACCUCUGCCACCCUCCCUGUCCCGGCCCAACACCUUCCUGAGGGGCAGCAGCAGCAAGGAGCUGCUGCUGGACAACCAGGCCCAGGAGGAGCAGCGCAGGGAGAUGCUGGAGACGGUGAAGCAGCUGACAGGAGCCAUGGAGAUGGACAGGAACAGCGCCGAGGCCGAGAGGAACAAAGGCAAGGAACCUGCCAAGCCAGAAGUUCCCCCAGCUCCAGUGCAAGAAAAGCCUUCACUGUCAGAAGAGGAAAUAGAGAGAAAAUGCAAAUCUAUCAUUGAUGAGUUCUUGCAUAUUAAUGAUUUUAAGGAGGCCAUGCAGUGCGUGGAGGAGCUCAGUGCCCAGAGCCUGCUGCCCGUGUUCGUGCGCGUGGGCGUGGAGUCCACGCUGGAGCGGAGCCAGAUCACCAGGGAUCACAUGGGCCAGUUGUUACAUCAGCUGGUGCACUCAGGAAAGCUGAGCAAGCAGGAGUUCUUCAAGGGUUUCUCUGAGACCCUGGAGAUGGCAGAUGACAUGGCCAUAGAUAUACCCCAUAUCUGGCUGUACCUGGCUGAGUUGGUGACCCCCAUGUUAAAAGAAGGAGGAAUCUCUAUGAGAGAACUUAUACAAGAAUUUAGCAAACCCUUGCUUCCUGUGGGAAGAGCCGGCGUCUUGCUUGCUGAAAUCUUGCACCUUCUAUGCAAACAAAUGAGCCAUAAGAAAGUGGGAGCCUUAUGGAGGGAGUCUGGCCUCAGUUGGAAGGACUACUUGCCCGAAGGGGAGGAUGUACGUACCUUUCUCAUGGAACAGAAGUUGGAGUUCACGGAGUCUGACUGUUCCAGUUCCUCAGAAGCACUUUCAGAGAAAGAACUGUCUGCAGAAGAGCUGAACAAGCAGCUGGAAAAACUCAUUGUUGAGGACAAGGCGAAUGAUGAACAAAUCUUUGAUUGGGUAGAGGCUAAUCUAGAUGAAAGCCAGAUGAGUUCACCUACAUUCCUUAGAGCUUUAAUGACAGCAGUUUGUAAAGCAGCUAUUAUAGCGGACUCUUCCAGCUUCCGAGUGGACACUGCUGUUAUCAAACAGAGAGUGCCCAUCUUACUCAAGUACCUGGACUCAGACACAGAGAAGGAACUACAAGCACUUUAUGCACUACAAGCAUCAAUAGUAAAACUUGAUCAACCUCCUAAUUUGUUGCGGAUGUUUUUUGAUUGCCUGUAUGACGAGGAGGUCAUUUCGGAGGAUGCCUUCUACAAGUGGGAAAGCAGCAAGGACCCGGCGGAGCAGAACGGGAAAGGAGUAGCGCUAAAAUCCGUCACGGCGUUCUUCACGUGGCUACGGGAGGCCGAAGAGGAGUCAGAGGAUAAUUAAAACUUAAAAAUACAGAUUUAAAACAAACAAACAAAAAAAGAAACAAUUUAAGUAUUUUUUUAAAAAGUUUCACGUCUUCGCCAAUCACAGUGCAGCAAGGCCAAUUCUCUCUCGCAGACCCCCCUUGCCCCACACACGCACGAGUGGGAGAGGUAAAACCCGAUAAACACCGAGGUGAUCAUGGAGGCAAAAAGGUACUUGAAAACAAACCCACAAAAAGUAAACUUCAAACCUGAGGGCGGGAGCACUAAACCAAAAUACAUGUAUUAUUUAUAGAAAAUAUUUUCUGUUUUAAUCUUUUUCUUUUCUUUUUAAACAAGGACUCAUACUUAGGAAAACACACAGCAAAACAAAUCUGUUUAGCAAAAACAAGUUGAAAACUUUUAAUUUAUUAUUUUAAGGACUGCAAAUGCCAGUGUAAUUUUUAAAUUUGCAGUUUCUGUAAACAAAUUGUAUAAUAGAACAAAAGCAAAGAAAUAAAUUUCCCUCCCCUUCAUACGCACCUCAGUUUUGUUUCAAAGCAUGAUAAAUCAACAAAACUUUGAAGGGGGUUGGGGUGAGCUAGAUGAGGACAAGAUCAAUUUUUUUUUUAUUGUCAUCAGAUUUUUCUGCCUGCCUCUCAGCUUGCUUCAGAAAUUUAAAAAGAAAAUAGUAAUCAAACCAUACAUAACCUUGGAUCGGAAGAAAAAUGCAUUUGAGAAAACUGCUGCGGACCAGAGUGCUCCGAAAAUAACUCAUUGAAAACCGUGCUACCCCGGGGAAAAAAGUACUAGUGAUACUUUGAGAACCUUUAGAGCAACUUUAAGGCUUGUAAAUACAUAGAACAAAUAUUUAAAAAAAAAAAAGAAAGAAAUUGACUCAAUACUAUUUCUUUUCACUUUCAAAAUAUAAAGAACAAAAUAAAGACAAACAUUGCAAGUUUAAAAGAAAGUAAAACGACUUCUCCUUUGACAGCUGCUGAAUGUGUGCACCAUCCUGAGCGGUGCUGGCUUCCUUGGCAUGCCGUAGGUCCUCGGGCCCAAAUUGUGUACAUAUAGUGUGUGUCUGUAUGUGUGACUACCAAAAAUGAAGGGUGAGAGCAAUUGUUGUUUAAAAAAAGGAAAAAAAAAACGAAAAAAGGGGAUACAGUUGUGCCGAGAAGCCCCCUGGCCAAGGAGCAGCCGGUGGCUGCGGGGCCGAGCGGGAGCAGUUGGUUCCCAAGGCUGCGUGACCUCAGGGCGGACGGUGCCCGACCCCAGCUGGGUCUCUGUGACGUGGAUCAGUGGGGACUUGUGACCCUGGCAGCUCCGGAGGCCGCAGCUGUGAGAGCCAAGAUCCGACAGCCCACGCCAGGAGGGUGCAGGAUGGAGGAGCGGCGCUGCCCGCCCGGCACUGCCCGAGUGCCAGCACGGCCAGGGCACGGCCUCAGCCGUGGGAGCUCUUCCCGUGCUGUUCCCUACCCAGGCUGCUGCUCCAGACCCAGCUGCUGCCACCCAAGAGGACCUGCUGGCUCUCACUGUGAGGAGAACCUGCCAUCAAGGACUCUGCAAAGCUGGGGAAGCCCUGAAAUGUGGUUUGUGAACUGUGGGCCAUGGACCGUGAGUAACCUGUGGAGCAUUUGCUGGGGGUGUCUGCAGCACUGACUGCUCACAUGAUGCUGUCUUUUUCUUUCCAGCUGCUAAAUCACUUCUUUAAAAAAAAACAAAACAACAAAAAAGAAACAGAAAAAGGGAAGAAAGCCUACAAAUGCAUUACUUUCCUAAUCUUACUUUUACAUGUAAACAAUUGCUGUACUUGCCUGAGGAUGUGAUUUGAUCACCACGGGGAAGGGAGGAGGUGCCUGGUUGUGGCCAGAGGGGAGAGGUCCAUGAGACACUUUCCCUGUUAACGUGUUCCACCCCAUGAAUCUGAGCUAGAGAAUCCAUGGCCUAAAACACUAGAGCAUUGUUUGGUUAUUUUUUUUUUAGUAACAAUAAAACACUUUUCUCUGAUGUUUUGUUAAAAAAAAAGAAAAAAAAAGGAAAAAAAUAUUCUCACCGUUACUGUAUGCUCAUGUAUCUGCAUGUACCACAUCCAGUGAUGCCUCAGCCUCACCGUUGGGCCCAGAGGUUUGGAUGGGCUCUCAAGGUCUCCAAAAGGUCUGUCCCCACAGAACCCCCACCCAGCAGGGCUCCAGGGGUGUCUGUCACACCUCUGCAGAACGUCAUAUGGGUGCUCUUCUUCCAAAAGGCUUUUUUUUGAGCGGUACAUGGUGGUUUGUAGCAGUUAAAUAGUUGAAUUAAAUGGAUGCCAGUUUGUAUGUAAAUAAGGGUAAAUAUUGCCAAGCUGGUGUGGGCAAAUGAUGGAAUUCCUCUCAGGGUGGGCAGUGUCAGCCUGCUGGGAAUGUGAGUGUGCAACAGCAGAGCCAUGCAAGGACUGAUUUCUCUCUCAUUGCCUUGGAUUGGAAAGGACAGACUUGCUGCAGAGCCUUUGAACAGCCCUGUGAAUCCCUGGGUGUGUCAGGGCUGGGGAAUCUGUCUGGGGAGCUGGAACCUUCUGGCUCAAAGAGUUGGAAAAGCACUGCCUGGAGGGAAUGGGAAUUGCCAGCAGGUGGGUACAGGUGAGGUGAGGAAAUCUUUCCCCUUUUUGUUAGAGCCUUUAAUGACGUUCCAGGGGUGAGAACUUGCCCUGUUAGUGUCCUGCAAAGGCCAGGAAGGGACUUCUCAGAGAUUUUCACGAGGGGGUUUUCAGAAUUACCCAAAGCUGGGUUUGCAGCA